AAGUCGGCACGUUUUGUAUACUUUUUCAGGGAGUUUGAAAGCCCCCUGCCGCCCUUCCAUGGACUCGUGCUCGUUUUCCCAACCACCUGGUUAAGGAGGAUUUUCUUCCUUAUUUGAAAAAAGAGAAAGAAAAUGAGAGUCAAAACCAUGAAGGGAUUUCUCUGGAAAGGAGAUGAUCAGACUUGAGGCUCUGGGUGUGCCAACCUUGAAUGCGUCACACCUGUAUUGAGCCCACGGGUGCCAGCCUCUUGGCUUACUGAAAGCUAUAUGAAUUUGGCUUUCAAGACCAUCUUCCAACAAACCCUCCGUGCCCUCCGCCGGAAAGAACUGUGCCUGUUCCCAGAGCGACCCCAGCAGCCUGACGUAAGACAAUCCAGCCGGUGUUCAGAAGCAGGUCUCCUUCGUGGGCACUGCCCCGUCCUUCGCCUCCUGAGGAACAAGCCUGUUCCUUUGUUGCAGCGACAUCAUCUCAGACCACGUGCCGCCUGCCUUGUUUUCUCGCCAGGGUCGCAUGUGGGACUCUGUAGUGGCACCAAGGAGAUGGCUGAGCAGCGGUUCUGUGUGGACUAUGCCAAACGGGGCACAGCUGGCUGCAAAAAAUGCAAGGAAAAGAUUGUAAAGGGCAUUUGCCGAAUUGGCAAAGUGGUGCCCAAUCCCUUCUCCGAGUCCGGUGGCGACAUGAAAGAGUGGUACCACAUUAAAUGCAUGUUCGAGAAACUGGAGCGGGCCCGGGCCACGACGAAAAGAAUCGAGGCCCUCACAGAGCUGGAAGGCUGGGAAGCGCUAGAAGACAACGAGAAGACACAGAUAGCCCAGCACAUUGCAGAUCUGUCUUCUAAGGCAGCGGGCACACCAAAGAAGAAGGCUGUUGUCCAGGCGAAGCUGACAACCACUGGCCAGGUGACAUCUCCAACGAAAGGCGCCUCUGUGACCAAUACCAAUCCCCGGAAAUUCUCUGGCUUUUCAGCCAAGCCCAACAACUCUGGGGAAGCCCUCUCCAGCCCUCUGCUCCAGACGAGCCUGUCCUCCAGUAGAUGUGACCCCAAGCACAAGGACUGUCUGCUGCGGGAGUUUCGGAAGCUAUGCGCCAUGGUGGCGGAAAAUCCUAGCUACAAUACAAAGACCCAGAUCAUCCAGGACUUCCUGCGGAAAGGCUCAGCAGGAGAUGGUUUCCACGGUGACGUGUACCUCACCGUGAAGCUGCUGCUGCCGGGGGUCAUUAAGAGUGUUUACAACCUGAACGACAAGCAGAUUGUGAAGCUUUUUAGCCGCGUUUUCAACUGCAAUGCUGACGACAUGGCGCGGGACCUGGAGCAGGGUGAUGUGUCAGAGACGGUCAGAGUCUUCUUUGAGCAGAGCAAGUCUUUCCCCCCAGCUGCCAAGAGCCUCCUCACCAUCCAGGAGGUGGACGCAUUCCUCCUGCAACUCUCUCGGCUCACCAAGGAGGAUGAGCAGCAGCAGGCCCUGCAGGACAUCGCCGCCAGGUGCACGGCCAACGACCUGAAGUGCAUCAUCAGGCUGAUCAAACACGAUCUGAAGAUGAACUCGGGUGCAAAACACGUGCUAGAUGCCCUGGACCCUAAUGCCUAUGAUGCCUUCAAGGCCUCGCGAAACCUGCAGGACGUGGUGGAGCGGGUCCUGCGCAACGAGCAGGAGGUGGAGCAGGACCCCGGCCGCCGGCGGGCGCUGAGCAUCCAGGCCUCACUCAUGACCCCCGUGCAGCCCAUGCUGGCCGAGGCCUGCAAGUCCAUAGAGUAUGCCAUGAAGAAGUGUCCCAACGGUAUGUUCUCCGAGAUCAAGUACGACGGGGAGCGUGUGCAGGUGCACAAGAGCGGGGACCACUUCAGCUACUUCAGCCGCAGCCUCAAGCCCGUCCUACCUCACAAGGUGGCCCACUUCAAGGACUACAUCCCGCAGGCUUUCCCUGGUGGCCACAGCAUGAUCCUGGACUCAGAGGUGCUCCUGAUAGACAACAAGACAGGCAAACCACUGCCCUUUGGGACUCUGGGCGUGCACAAGAAAGCUGCCUUCCAAGACGCUAACGUGUGCCUGUUUGUUUUCGACUGUGUUUACUUCAAUGAUGUCAGCUUGAUGGACAGGCCUCUGUGUGAGCGGCGGAAGUUUCUGCACGACAACAUGGUUGAAAUCCCCAACCGCAUCAUGUUCUCCGAAAUGAAGCAUGUCACGAAAGCGUCAGAUUUGGUGGACAUGAUAAACCGUGUGAUCCGGGAGGGCCUGGAAGGGCUGGUGCUGAAGGACGUGAAGGGUACAUACGAGCCUGGGAAGCGGCACUGGCUGAAAGUGAAGAAGGACUAUUUGAAUGAGGGGGCCAUGGCCGACACAGCUGACCUGGUCGUCCUUGGGGCCUUCUAUGGGCAAGGGAGCAAAGGCGGCAUGAUGUCCAUCUUCCUCAUGGGCUGCUACGACCCUAACAGCCAGAAGUGGUGCACCGUCACCAAGUGUGCUGGUGGCCAUGAUGACGCCACGCUGGCACGCCUGCAGAAGGAGCUGGACAUGGUCAAGAUCAGCAAGGACCCCAGCAAGAUCCCCAGCUGGCUGAAAGUCAACAAGAUCUAUUAUCCUGACUUUAUCGUCCCCGACCCCAAGAAAGCUGCCGUGUGGGAGAUCACUGGGGCCGAGUUCUCCAAGUCUGAGGCGCACACCGCCGAUGGCAUCUCCAUCCGCUUCCCUCGCUGCACGCGCAUCCGCGAUGAUAAGGACUGGGAAUCUGCCACAAACCUGCCCCAGCUCAAGGAACUGUACCAACUGUCCAAGGAGAGGGCCGACUUCACUGUGGUGGCUGCCGAAGAGGGGGGCUCCACCACAGGGGGCAGCAGUGGGGAGAACGAGGGCAGCUCGGUGCCCGCUGUGGCCCGCAAGGCCCCCAGCAAGCCCUCUGCCAGUGCCAAGAAGGUCACAGGAGGGAAGAGGAGUAGCCCGGGCAGCAGAGGUGGCAACAGGUUGGCUGGAGAGCCUUCCCGUGCGAAAGUGGUCACCAAGCCUCUCCCAGUGAAGGUGGGGGAGAAGCGCAAGGCCCCAGAUGAGACCCCCUACCAAACCAAGGUGCUGCUCGACAUCUUCACUGGGGUUCGGCUCUACCUGCCCCCCUCCACACCCAACUUCAGCCACCUCAAACGCUACUUUGUGGCAUUCAACGGAGACCUGGUGCAGGAAUAUGAGCUGACCUCAGCCACACAUGUCCUGGGCGGCGGGGACAAGCACCCUGCAGCCCAACAGGUCUCCGAAGAGUGGGUUUGGGCAUGUAUCCGGAAGCGGAGACUGGUGGCUCCCUGCUAGCCAGGGCCUCUCUCAGGUUACCUGUCCCCGUAUAGGCUGCUUGCACAGACCCAGAGGAACCAAGCUGACUGGGGUGGGCUAUCUUCCCACCCAGCAGUUGUUCACACCCCUUCUGACCAGGAACUAGCUUCAGGUCGGCCUCCCAAGGGAGACCUUUUCCAUUGCUCAUUGAGAUUCCAACUGGGUGCUGGCUUGUUCCUCCUUAGUAAUAAGCUCAUUUGGGACAGGGACUCAUUUCUACAUCACAUACUUGGUGGUUCUAUGCCUGGUGGUCUGGGUUGGUGCUGCUCUUAGAUCAAUGCUAACCACGUCCCCUUGGCAGAAGUCCCUCCUCACCUGACCCCAACCCCUAUGCUCAUUUUAAAGCUCUACUGGAGACUGUCCUGUCUUUAUUCUGUAUUCAGCCUGGCUCUUGGGCCAGGAAUGAAGCAUUUGAAAAAACAAAAUGAACUUUGAUGGCUUGA